GACGUUGCACCGUUCAGCCAAUGGGAAAAGACCCUCCGCACCAGUUGCGUGUGAAAAAAAACCUUACACAAUCGCGCAGCGGGCUGAGGGUAAUACUCAUAAAAGGGGGCGGGUUUUGAAAUAAUCGCUAUGUGAGGCCGGCGACAUCACGGGUGCGUUUCACCGACCCCAGCGUUGGACAGAGGGACUCUGGAUGUGUCGUUCCAUUUCCGGUGGGCGGAAGUAGGUGCGAGUGACGCUGGCGCGGGGGCUGCUGGGAAGAAGGCAAAGUGGCGCCAUCUUGUUAUGCGCGGUGGAGGCGGAUGCGUGCGCUGAGCUGUAGGUGGAGAGAUGCCGUGUGAUGUGUGGGAAGGAAUAGUAGCUGCACUUAAUAAUCUGAGGCAGGAGGUCCAGGAAACUGACCCUUACAUAGAGGGAGAGAGGAACUGAGAUGAAAAGUCACUGAGGGUCCAACCCCAGAGAUAGAAGAGCAAGUUCUGACCCCAGAUGAAGACUAAGGGAAUCUGAAGAACUUACUCUGAAGAGCAAGUUCUCUAAGGAACUGACCCCAGGGAGAGUUAGACUGGGGAACUGACCAGGAACAAACAGGUGGAAGUUAAUAAUGAGGAAUUGACCCAAGAAGGGAGUUUAGAGGUCACUGAGACACCCCCUGAGAGCACCCUGAGACACUGGCCCCAGAGAGGGUUGCUCAGAGAGAGAGAGAGGGGCAUCAGAAGAACAAGGGCAGAUGGAGAAGCCAACGAAGCCCCUGAAGAAGCGCAGGAGAGAUGUUGAGGAGAAGGAAGAUGGAGUCCCAGAUCUGAUCCAGCAGCUUGAGAUUGAGAAGAAUGAGUUGGCCAAGAAGAUCCGUCACAUUGAGAAGAUGUGCAACAUGGCUGAUCCAAUAACUGUCCUACAGGGACCAGAAUCUGACGGAUCAGUUAAUUGUGGUACCGAGGGGGAGGAUAAUGAGGACGGUGAGACGGAGGAUGAGGAGGGAAAAUCUCCUGCUCUGGCCAAUGACCUUGAUUGUAAGUCCUCAGUGUAUGGGCAGCAGGCGACUGGCAUGGAGCUGGAUGUGGGCACUGCCUCUAGUCUCGUUGUCAUAUCAGAGGACGGCAAAACCGUUUCCUUCACGCGAACAGACCAGCGUCGGCCACUUACCCCCAAGAGAUUCCAGGAUUAUGCCCAAGCCUUAUGCACCAGGAAGUUCACCUCGGGCCGACAUUACUGGGAGAUCGAAGGCAGCGAACUGGGUUACUGGUGGGUGGGCGUUUCCUAUGCGACUGUAGAGAAGGGCGGAGACUUGUCCAGCCUGGGCAAUAACAGCAAGUCGUGGUGUUUGUACCGGUGGAACUAUAAGUAUUCAGUGAGACAUAACGGCAAAGUGACGGAUUUAAUCCUCCGACCUUACUGUGGCAAUAUCCGAAUCUUGUUGGACUACGACGCAGGUCACCUGACCUUCUAUGAGCUGUCCGACCCAAUGCGACACUUGCACACGUUCACUGCCACCUUCACUGAGCCACUUCAUGCGGCAUUCAGGGUAUGGGGGGAUGAUGCCUGGGUAAAGAUCGUUAGCUAAUGAGAUAUGUCUGUAGGGUCAGCUGAUAUGCCCCGCCCAUAAUCUUUAUAUUGGAAGUGAGUGCAGCAGCCAAUCAUGAGCAGCCUCCCUAGCCAUAAUAUACACCGACAUCAUCUACAGACACAGCUUCUCAAGUUUUGGUGGUUGCUUUUGGGGGGCACGAUGUGCAGUAUUUCCAUGGCAACCAUAGAGGACAGUGACUUUUUGGCACUCGGAAUUAAGGGGCGGAGACUCUUAUUUUCAUGGUUUAAGAAGACAAGAAUGUAUCCAGAUAACUAAUGUAUAUACAGGUAAUUUGUAGCCAAUAAAUGUUCUGCUCAUCUGGA